AUGGUGGACUCCGAUACAUUACCCGAAAAUCCUGGUGAAUGGCAUACGUUGAUAGCACGGCAUGGCCUGGAGAAGAGUACAAUUCAUACCGUUGAUCUUGCGUCCGCUUCCAAGAUUGGUCUGGAUCAGUUUCUGCUCCUCCGGGUUCUAUGGAAGGAGCACCGAGGUAGAAAGGAUCUGAUCAAAUUUCUGGGACUUCAGCACUGGAUGAGAGAGGCCCAAAAAGAGCUUCUCGGCCUCCAAUCGUGGUCUAAAUAUUGUAGCAGCUUUGGCGCUGGUGAACGCAUUCCGGAGGGUACUUUUGCUAUCGUCCGCCACUAUCAGCUAGAAGCUACAAAGACUGAUGGAACGCCAACCCCUACAAUGUUUGAUACACCGAUUGCUAGGCGGACUCGCGGACAACUGUUUCAACAAGUACAAUUGAAAAUGAGAAAUACGCACUUGAGCACACCAACGCCAAAGAGCACAAAUGUUCCGGAAAACUGGUCUUAUUUGGAGAGCGAUGACGAAGAUGAACCCACCCCUUAUAGAGUAGAGACACCGGUUCCUCGAGAACUGGUGAAUAUUAUGUACCCUCCGACCAAAGACGAACAGAUUGUGAAUACGGCGCUAAUUGUGCUCCUGAAUGCUCUUACCAUCCAUCUUGAUUCCUUCUCCUCCAAGUGGACCUUACAUCGAAAGGCGUUUAUCGCUACCUUUGGGGAUGCUGCAUUUGAAGCGAGAACGGAUGGCUAUUUGAAUGACCAUCGAGGCAAACCUAGCGUCAUAGUGGAAGUCAAGCCCGUGAUGAGGUCCGCGAAGCUGUCAGCGAUUAUGAUGCAGGAGAGUGCGCAGAUGGUAGCUUGGAUAAAGAGCGAUGACUAUAAGACGCAACGAAAUUGCAUGAUGCGUCUUCACAUAUCUCUAUUCGUAAACGUUGCUAAAUGCGAUGACGCUUAUCUCGAUCACUUGAACAACGCGCGGCCAUCGAGUGAAGAAGCUACCCCUUCUUUCUUGACGAUGCACCAGUUCGGUCCAUGGGAUACUCUCAAUGCAGCCCAUAUGAAGGAACUGGGGCCUAUUCUAUUAGCGAUCAGCUUACUUGCCGACUACGAGAGCAAACAUAGAAAAGAUUAG